AUGGACCCUCCUCAAGAUUUUAAGUCCAUACAGGAGAAGAUCCAAACAGCUCUCGUAGCCACUACUAGGCUGACCAACCAGAUUGCCGCCGAAGAUAUCAGCUUUCAACGAACAAGCAAUCCAGAUGUUGAAGAACAAUUAGAUGAUACGUCCUCGCGCCUUCUCUCACUAGCCACGUCGCUCCUUUCAUCUGCAACUAAGGGUACCGAACUGAAAGGCCUGGCUCUUGAGGAUAGCGACGAUGUUGAUGUUCAUUGGUCGCGCAUUAUCGACGUGGUAGACACAUUGCUAGAAAAAGCCGAUACUUCUUUAGAUGAGUACACAGGUGUAAUCAAGAGGAAAACCGCACCAGCCGAACAGCCAGGGCCGCCACAAAAGAAAUCAAGAUCGACUACAUUGGAUAACUCUCUUCGCCGCGCGAAUAUAAUCAAACCUCAGAAUGCAUUCGAACUAAAGCCAAACAAUCUCGACCCAUCGCCCUGGAAGCCCAUACUCACCACGAAACCGCAUGCGCUUAUCUCUCUCGAAAAGAGCCUAGAGACUUUCGUCGAUGAUAACCAGGCAACUCAAUACAAGCAUCCUUACGAGGCCGAAAUUCACAAGCUACAAUUCCCAGAAGCCAUUUUCCAAGCACGAGAACCCAUCAAAUAUCAGCCCGUCGAAACCACAACAGCUACCUUUGUUGAUACCUUUGAGGGCGUUUUAGAUAUGCUCAAAGAACUAAAAACUGCUACCGAAAUUGCCGUCGAUACGGAGCACCAUGACUUCAGAACAUAUAGCGGUCUACUAUCAUUGAUGCAGAUCAGCACGCGUGAGAAGGAUUGGGUUGUCGAUACUCUUCAGCCAUGGCGCCACAAACUCGAAGUUUUAAACGAGGUGUUUGCUGAUCCGAAGAUCGUCAAGGUGCUUCAUGGUGCGUACAUGGAUAUUAUCUGGCUACAACGAGACUGUGGUAUCUAUAUCGUAGGACUCUUCGAUACAUUCGAGGCCGCAGUAGCGCUUCAGUAUCCUAGUAGGAGCCUUGCGUAUCUGCUAAAAAAGUUCGUCGACUUCGACGCAGACAAGAAGUAUCAAUUAGCUGACUGGAGAAUACGCCCGAUACCUGAUGAAAUGUUCUAUUACGCACGCUCAGAUACCCAUUAUCUUCUCUAUAUCUACGAUAUGAUGCGCAACGAAUUAUUACAACAAACCCCAGAAGAAUCAGGACGUAAUCUGAUGAACCAAGUUCUGGAUAGGUCUAAAGAAACUUCCUUACGACGGCAUGAAACUGCUGCAUAUGAUGCUGAAAACGGCCAGGGCCCCUUUGGGUGGUAUAACCUACUCAUAAGACAGUCUGCCGGGAAGUUUUCAAAAGAGCAAUUCGCUGUAUUUCGAGCCGUGCAUAAGUGGCGGGACGAGAUGGCCCGUCGCGAAGAUGAAAGCUCACUAUUUGUGAUGAGUAAUGCGACGCUUUUUGACAUAGCCAGACGUAUUCCGCCAGAUCCUAAGGCCCUUCAUAGCCUCGUUGAUUCGACAUCUCACAUAGCCAAGCGUGAGGCAUUUAACCUAUUCAAGAUUAUUAGUAAAGCCAAGGCGCAAGGAGUGAAUGGGCCGACUGUUACUGAGGUUAUUCGUAGCAAUGCGCCACCUACGAUGGGCAUUGGUGAAGUCGCAAAAUCAAUACUCCCCCAAUUACGAAGUAACGAUGCAGGAGCCUCGGGAAUGCAGGAUAUAGUCUCUCAGACAUCGAAAUUAUGGGGAAAGGUUCCGAUAAGUAGUCGAUGGGAACAGUCAUCUACCGUCAAGACCCGAGCCGUGCAGUUUGAACUCCCCUGGGCCCAAUUUAUUAAGUCGGGUAAGGUACUGGAGGUUAUAGAUACGCCGGCACAAGAACCAGUCACUCAAAUGGAAGAAUCAAUUAUUCAUUUAGAAGAAAAUCAGGCAGCUGAUAGUGAGUUUACGCUCAAAGCUGGUUUAAAGCGUAAAGCACCCGAAAUCGAAUCGGAUUCCGAGUCGGGAGAAGUGGACGAUACACCAUCCAAAGCAAAGUCUAAUUCGACUGCCUUCCUUGAUACGGAUGAAAUUGCAGUUCCCGACUCAGAUGACAGCGACGAGCAGAGAAGAGAGAGAAAGGCUAAGAAGGCUGAAAAGAGAGCUCGUAAAGAGGCGCUCAAGGAGGAGCGUCGACAAGCAAAGAAGCUAACUAGGCGAGCUAAGAAAGAAGCAUACACCGAUGUAGCAGAAUUAUCAGAAAAAGAAGAAGACGGAGAGGGUGAGGAUGAGCCUUUCGAUUAUAGCAAGGCAAAAUCUGUCCUGAAUGCGUCAAGGGCUGCCAAUGGCGCUCCCCAGGCAGCCAGAUUUAAUCCUUAUGGGAUGACCAUCGAUGGUCCGAAACCCGCGAGGAAAAUGCACGGAGAGAAGGCUGGCAAGAGCGCCACGUUCAGGAGAUAA